UCGGAUUUCAUAACCUCCCCGUGCGGUUAUCCGUCCGUAAAAAGGCGGACCGACGGGUCGAAGAGGGCAGCAGCGUUUAUACCGAAGGCGGAGGUGGCAGGUUCGGCCGUUCGGACAGUGCGGCCGUUGACAGUUGGGAGGAAAUAGCCCUCGGCCGUCGCCUCGCAGCUCGCUCAUCGGCCUUUCGCAUCCGAACGACGAUGAACGAGAGCAGACACGCGAUCCUUUUCAAGGCGUCGGACGACGAAGGACUCGGCGAAAGGGACCCGUACGCGAGGCAACUCGAGUCCAUCGGCAUCCACAGCCACAUCCUGCCGGUUGUACAGUUCGAAUUCGUCAACCUGGAUGAACUCAACACACGCCUCGACCAUCCCGACCUUUAUUCCGGUAUCAUAUUUUCAAGCCCACGAUGCGUGGAAGCUGUCAAGAUGAGCAUAAACGACGCCUCGCUGUGGACGAAUCACAGGGCUUUUGUCGUGGGUGAGAAAACGGCGAAGGAUGUUUACGUACAGCUCGGGAUGAUUCCUGAAGGCCAGGCAAGCGGCAACGGAAAAGACUUGUCCAAGUUCAUCCUCGAGCAAGAUAUAACCAAACCUUUGCUCCUGCCUGUCGGCAAUUUAUCGACAGACACGAUAGUAACCGCCCUGCGAGCGGGUGGCCUCAAGGUGGAUCAACUCGUCGUUUAUAAUACAAUUACCAAUCCAAAAUUGGAGAUGCUCUUUAGACCGAUAUUUGACGAAUUUGAAGUUUCUUUUUUAUUAUACUUCAGCCCUUCCGGCGUCGACUCGACUAUUCCUCUGUUUGAAAAAUUGAAAAUUGAUCUCAACGGAUUAAAGAUUGGUGCCAUAGGGAAGACGACCGAAGAAGCGUUAAUUAGACAUUCUAUUCAGCCAGCGUUUGUGGCGGAAAAGCCGAAUCCUGCCUGUUAUGCGAAAGCACUGCAAGAGAUAUUAUAGAGAAUUAUAAGAAUUUCAUUCUGUGCUUUUAUGAAAGAUAAUUGCUAGUCGAAAAAAAACUAACCUGUGUUAUACUGUUCGAAUUUAAAAUUAUCUUGAAGAAUCGUUAUCUAGUUUUUGUAAUCAAGAAUUUUAAAAUGGUUAUUUUUUGA